CUUUGCGCGCUCGGCGCUUUCGGACUCUUGGCCACGUGCAGCUCCGGCUUCCGCGCCGCGGCGCAGCAGACUCUCUGGGCGGCUGUAUUGGAAGCCUCUUCAACCUUUAAAAGGAAAAAAAGCCCCCAAACUUCUUUACCUGUGGCCAUCGUUACUUUGCUUUGGGGAGUUGAGAAUUGUCUUUUGGCUGUUGGCAGAGACCAUGCCCGUUGUGAAGAUGCUGAAGCAGGUUGCCAGCCGGACGCUGGGGAGCCCGGCCUGUGGCUGCCAGCCACCCACCCUGCCCCGCCGGUUUCUGGGCACCUCCCCUCGGCAGAUUCCAGCAGACGCCAACUUCCACUCCACCUCCUUCUCUGAAGCAAACCAGCCACGUGUCUUAAUUACAGGGGGCCUUGGCCAGCUUGGAGUGGGGCUUGCUAGCCUUUUGAGGAAACGGUUUGGGAAGGACAACGUGAUUCUAUCUGACAUUCGGAAGCCCCCCGAGCACGUCUUCCUCAGUGGCCCCUUUAUUUAUUCCGACAUCCUGGAUUACAAGAACCUUCGGGAGAUCGUGGUGAACAACCGCGUCACCUGGCUGUUUCAUUACAGUGCCCUGCUCAGUGCGGUGGGCGAAGCAAAUGUGUCCCUGGCCAGAGCCGUGAACAUCACUGGGUUGCACAAUGUCCUGGAUGUUGCCGCGGAGCAUGGUCUGCGACUGUUCGUGCCCAGCACCAUCGGGGCUUUUGGACCCACUUCUCCUCGGAACCCAACUCCCGAUCUCUGCAUCCAGAGACCCAGGACCAUCUACGGGGUGUCCAAGGUCCACGCAGAGCUCAUGGGAGAGUAUUAUUAUUACCGGUAUGGGUUAGACUUCCGAUGCCUGAGAUAUCCUGGGAUCAUUUCUGCCGACUCCCAGCCCGGAGGAGGAACGACUGACUACGCGGUGCAGAUCUUCCAGGACGCCGUCAAGAACGGCAGAUUUGAAUGCAACCUGAACCCUGGCACGAAGCUCCCCAUGAUGUACAUCGAUGACUGCCUGCGGGCCACCCUGGAGGUCAUGGAGGCGCCGGCGGAGGCCCUCUCCCUGAGGACCUACAACGUCAAUGCCAUGAGCUUCACCCCCGCCGAGCUGGCCCAGGAGGUCCUCAAGCACAUCCCGGAGUUCCAGAUCACCUACAAUGUGGACUCUGUCCGGCAGGCCAUAGCGGAUAGUUGGCCAAUGAACUUUGACGAUAGCACCGCUCGGAGGGACUGGGGGUGGAAACACGAUUUUGACCUCCCGGAGCUGGUGACGACGAUGUUGAACUUCCAUGGUGCCCAUAGCAGAGUCGCCCAAGCUAACUGAAGCGCCGGAGGAAGCGUUCGUGAGUCCUGGGCGGCCGUCCAGGGAAAACUGGAACCUCCCAACCCCCCAAGGUUCCAGAGCCCAAGGAAUCUAGAUGAUAUGGAGUUGAAGGAUUGAUUGGACUAAAUUUUCGCAGCUCAUAUUGAACUGCCAGAUGGAAAAUUGAGUUGGCUUUAGCAUUUUCUCAAUGCCGUAGGUUUGGUGGUAGGACUUCUGAAUUUUUGCUAUUUGCCUAAAUGUGUCCUAACACACAUAUCACAGAAGGCAUCAGUCAUAAUAGUUUCCAUGUCCUUAAUUACGAUGAAGUGACCAUUUCUGGGAAUGUGGAAGUAUGUGACAUUUGUAUUAAACUUAAUUUAAAUAUCACUCCUAAGAUUCCAUUUUUCUCUUGGCUAAGACCAAAGAUUAUAUUCUAAAGACUAUCAAAGAUGAUCUCCUACAUGAAUUCUUUACUAUGCCAUCAGAACAUAAGAAAAUGCCCAAUGUAUUAAUCCCAUGCCACUAUAUUCAAGCGAUUUUAACCUGUCCAAAAUUGUCACUCUAGAGUUCCCAUGGUGGCUCAGCAAGUUAAGAACCCAACAUAGGUCCGUGAGGAUGCAAGUUGGAUCCCUGACCUUUCUCAGUGGGUUAAGGACCCAGGAAAUUAGGAAUAUCAAGAGAUGGAGUUCACUUGUGGCAUAGCAGGUUAAGGACCCAGGCUUGUCUGAACUGGAGUGGCCCCACUCACUGCUGUGGCAUAGGUUCCAUUCCUGUCCUGGGAACUUCCACAUGCUGUGGGCAUGAGCAAAAACAAAAUAGCAGCCACUGGUCAAGUGGAGCACCUCUUUCUUUGAUUGCCUCCUGCUGGUGAUCUGAGCAGCAGUGACUGGGACCGUGAUCACUUACCUAUAACGCCAGCCUCCCAGGGAACUUGCCUAAAUACACAGGUUUCUGGGCCCCACCCCUUCAGGUGAACUCUGUUGGUGGGGAUGGGACUCUCCAAGGACCACCAGUUAUUCUCUUCCACACCCUCCUAGUAUAGACCAAUUCCAAGCAUGAUUUUCUUUCUUUCUUUCUUUUCUUUUUUUUUUCUUUUGGUCUUUUUUAGGGCCACACUCACAGCAUAUGGAGAUUCCCAGGUUAGGGGUUGAAUUGGAGCGGCAGUUGCUGGCCUAUACCACAGCCACAGCAGUGCCAGAUCCGAGCUGCGUCUGUGACCUACACCACAGCUCACAGCAACCCCGGAUCCUUAACCUGGUAAGCGAGGCCAGGGAUUGAACCUGUGUCCUCAUGGAUACUAGUCAGAUUUGUUUCCGCUGAGCCAAUGAAGAGAACUCCUCAAGCAUGAUUUUCUAAAAAGAACUUCCUUGCCUAGCCUUUUUGCACAUUCUUAGAUGAGCCUUCAGAAGAGGUGCUGUAACCCUCUGAAGCAAGUACUAUGUAAGUAGAUACAGAUGUACUUUUUUUCCAGCUUCCCUGGGAUGUGCUGCCUGUGAAAUCACUGGAAAGUACAACUCCAGAUUAAUCUUGGGUCUCGUGGACAGCAGCUGUCAAGGAUUAAAAGGCAUUUUUAUUGUCUGUUUAAUGACAGUCUUAUGUAUUUGGAAUUUUCGCUGCUAGGUAGAAACAUGAAUUUUGGGGGGGAGGCAUACCUGGAUUUGAACUUCUAGAUAAUCAUUUAAUUAUUAUGUUGAUAUAGUUUUUUUCCCUACUUAAUAUGAUUAAGCUUACAUUUGUACAUUUUAUUUGCCAAAAUUAGUCUUUUUUUUUUUUUUUUUGGCUGCACCCAUGCAUGUGGAAGUUUUCAGGCCAGGAAUCUAAUCCAAGCUGCAGCUGUGACCCAUGCCACAGCUGCAGCAAGACUGGAUCCUUAACCUACUGUGUCAGGCCAGGGAUUGAAACGGUGCAGAGGUAGAGACAACACCAGAUCCUUAACCCCUCUGUGCCACAGCAGGAACUCCCCAAACACCUAGACUUAAGAUUUUUUUUUUUUUUUACAACUUUAUUGAGAUAAGUUUCACAUACUAUAAGAUUUACUCAUUUAAAGUUUACAGUUUGGUGAUUUUUCAGUUUGUUGAGAUUUGUGUAACCAUUACUAUAACUUUAGGCCAUUUCAGCAUCCUUCCUCAAAGAAACUCUCCUCAGCCAAGGCAACCACUGAUUUUCUUUCUGUGUCUAUGAAUUGGCCUGUUCUAGACAUUUCAUGUAAGCGGAAUCAUACGCUAUGAGUGGCUUCUUUAGCAUAAUAUUUUCAAAGGUCAUCCACGUCAGUACUCCGUGUCAUUGCUGAAUAGCGUUCCAUUAUGUAUACACAUUCCGUUUGUCCAUUCAUCAGUUGCGGGCUGUUUAGGUGGUUUGUACUUUUUGAUUAUUAGGAAUAAAUGCUGUUAUGAA